UUCUCGUAGAAACCAAACGUACCCUAAAAAUAGCAGGACCAAAAACCAAUAAAACCAGGAAAUCAGCCUUAAAUAAGGUGUAAAUCCAACAUCACGUCAAUAGGACUAGGGAGAAUCCAUUAACAAAUCCAAUUACCAAAAGAAUCUCUGUGCCCAGAAGAGUUAAAGAUCGCCGGCGCCGCAGAAUGGGAAGUUUCUAUAAGAUUAUCCUCCCCUCCGUCAUGCUCUACCACAGGCUGAGAAUCCCAGAGGAUUUCUCAAAGAAAUAUGGGGAUGAACUCUCUACCUCGGUCAGGUUCACUGUUUGCAGUGGUCAAGUUUGGCGUGUGGGAGUAGAAAAAGCUGAUGAGAUGCUUUGGUUUACUGAUGGUUGGAAAGAAUUUUCCGAGAGCCACUCUAUUGGUUGCGGAUUUUUUGUAGUGUUCAAUUAUGAAGGGAAUUCGGAGUUCAAGGUACUUAUAUUUGAUUUUACUGCUACUGAGAUUUACAAUCCACGAAAAACUCUCAGCAUCUCUGAUGAACCAGAUAAAGGAAUGCAGCGUCCAGUCUCCCAUAAAGGGGAAAGGGGAAGCAAUGACACUCUUCAGAAAUUGAGUUGCCGUCCAUCAAGGCCAGCACUUGUUUCUUUGGAAAAAGGAAUUCUUGAUGGAUGUCAGGAUAAAAGAAGAACUGGUAAAAGAUGCUGUCAUUCAUUGAUUCAGGACAUGUAUGAGUUUGCCCCUGAAUUUGCUAUCAGAAUCAACAAGCGUGGAAGAUGUAUUUCUUCCUUGGAGAGCUUGAGAUGUAAUUUCCAGUAUUUCACCAGAAAUAAAAGAUAUAAAAUGGAAGAUCACGGGAAGAUAGUUGAAGUAGAUAGUGUAACCCUAUCGUGGAAAGGCAAAAUGAAAGCUAGUGAAAUGUCUAAUUCACAUAGGCCGUCAGUGCAGAAAACUGAAAAAGAGAAGUGGAAUGUGAUGAAGAACGUGGAUAAUUUACCGGCAGCAGUUCCUUUUGGUCGAAAGUGUUGCCUUUCUAAUGGUGGUAGACUUAAGAGGCACAUCAAUAGGCAAGAUAAAGAGGGGCAUAAACAAUUGGAUUCAGUUUUUGUGCAAGAGGCAACUCGAAAAAGUAAACGUAUUCGUUAUCAGUUGAAUGAAACCAAGCAUAUGAAGAGCGCAGACGAAUUAAAUUCUUCUAAUGCAGCAAAUAAUCAAAGAACUGAUUCAAAUGGACAGCAGCUAAAGGUAAAGUGUGAAGAGGAAGAAGAAUUGCUUGGUUUAAAUGAUUUUAGCAAUGAUUCAAUGAUGCGGCCAGUAAAAACACAAGAGAGAGAGAGAGAAGGCUGUUAAUGCCUCCAUGAUGUUCAAGCUGAAUAAUCCGUUUUUUAGGAAUAUCCUGCAGCCAUACAAUGUCCACCGGUCUUUUUUUCUGAAUCUACCAGCCAGAUUUGCGAAGAAGUAUCUGCAUGGGGUUUCAGAGUCUAUUCAACUGGAGGUUUCUGGUGGAAAAAAGUGGACAGUCCGUUGCGUUCGAAUAAAUGGUCCUGCGCGAUGCCUAGGCAGCGGAU